AACAGAGUUUCGUUUUAGCUUUGACUUCCUGAGCUUUUACUCUCUCGGUCCAGCUCGGGGAUAAUCGAUUGUCUUCCUCCUCCUCCCGCUGGUAAGAUCUGGAAACCCUAAUCUGAGAGAUUUAACUUCUGCUGCUCGCCGGAAAAGUUGUCGAUUCGUGAGAACCGGCGGUGGAAGACCAGAGGUAGUGAGUGCCACAAAACCCUAGGUGAGAUAAAGAUAUGGAUGACGGUGAGGGAGCGUACGGCGAAGUCGGGGAUCAGGUGGAUCACUUCCACCGGAACGAGGCCAUCUCGGCCGUAGCUGACGAGGGGUUAUUGGGAGACGAGGACGACGACUACGAGGACCUCUAUAAUGAUGUUAAUGUUGGGGAGAAUUUCCUGCAGUCGAUGAGGAAGAAUGAGGAUGCAGGUUUCAGGAGUGAGCCUGUGGAGGAGAGGAAGAAUGAGCAGCCCCUGCCGCCACCAGCUGCGGUUGCUCGGGCUCCUCCUCCCGGGGGCAUCCGUAUGGGUGAGAGUAGUGUCGGUGGGGAUUCUGGGUAUCCGAAUCAGGGGUUUAGAGGAGCUGAGGUGAAGGGACCGAGUGGAACAGGGCCAGUGAUGGGAGGUGGUGGCGGAAUGAGGGUCGAGUUAACGCAGCAGCGGCCGAAUAAGGUUAAUGAGAUGGAGGAGCGGGUUGCAAAUAAUAGCAUUCCCAGUGGGCCGCAGGGAUUUACACCUCAAUCAAAUGGUGUAGCUGGGGCGAACCCAGGAAAUGUCGGACCGGUUGGGGUUAUGGGGAACGAUGCUUUGCCCUCACAAAGCGAAGUGAGGAACAUGAAUCCUGUAGGUGGAAAUGGAGUUGUGAAUGCCGGUAGCAGUAGCAGUGCCAUUGCUGUUGUUGUCUCUGGUUCUGGAGCUGGGGCUGGAGGAGGAGGUGGGACCAUGUUGUUUGUCGGGGAUUUGCAUUGGUGGACCACUGAUACCGAGUUGGAGGCUGAGCUAUGCAAGUAUGGGCAGGUGAAGGAGGUGAAGUUUUUUGAUGAGAAAGCGAGUGGGAAAUCAAAGGGUUACUGCCAGGUUGAGUUCUUUGAUCCUGCGGCUGCAACCGCCUGUAAAGAGGGAAUGAAUGGGCAUGUGUUUAAUGGAAAGGCAUGUGUUGUGGCUUUCGCGUCCCCUUACAGCAUCAAGAGGAUGGGAGAAGCUCAAAUGAAUAGGAACCAGCAGAUGUCCCAGUCUGCGGUUGCUGGUCAGGGGAGGAGAGGGCCAAACGAUGUGGGUCCCAAGACUGGUGGGAAUAAUAUUACCACUGGUGGCAACUUCCAGGGGGGAGAUAAUAGCCGAGGUUUUGGGAGAGGCAAUUGGGGAAGAGGUAAUGGACAAGGAAUUGGGAAUAGAGGUGCCAUUGGUCCCAUGAGGAACAGGGGUGCUGGCAUGGGUGGAAGAGGUAUAAUGGGUAAUGGUGGAAAUGGAUUUAGCCAAGGAAUGGGCGGUGGCCCUCCUUUGAUGCAUCCCCAGAUGAUGGGUCAGGGAUUCGACCCAGCUUUCGGUGGCCCUAUGGGAAGGCUAGGUGGUUAUGGGGGCUUCCCAGGUGCUCCUGGCCCUCCAUUUUCUGGUUUAUUGCCCUCGUUUCCACCUGUAGGGGGUGUUGGCUUGCCUGGGGUGGCUCCCCAUGUGAAUCCUGCGAUUUUUGGGAGGGGGAUGCCCAUGAAUGGAAUGGGGAUGAUGCCCGGUUCUGGGGUUGAGGGGCCAAACAUGGGGAUGUGGUCUGAUAGUAACAUGGGUGGAUGGGGAGGUGAGGAUCAUGUUGCUGGCAGAGGAGGGGAGUCUAGUUAUGGGGAGGAAGCGGCUUCUGAGCAUCAAUAUGGUGAGGUCACUCAUGAUAGAGGAGGCUGGCUGAAUUCCUCAAAAGAAAAGGAAAGAGGCUCAGAGAGAGACUGGUCGGGAUCUUCCGAAAGAAGGUACCACGAUGAUAGAGAAAUGGCAUACGACAGAGAUGUCCCUAGAGAGAAGGAGAUUAGUCAUGAUCGUGAGUGGUCUGAGAGGAGGCAUCGUGAUGACAGGGAUAGUGUUAGGGAAAGGGAUAGGGAUCAUGAUCGAGAUAGGGAACGAUCACGUGAUCGGGAUCGUGAGCGAGACAGGGACCGUGAACGGGACAGAGAUAGGGACCGUGACCGACACAGGGAGGAUAAGGACAGAUACUCUGAUCACUAUCGAUACAGGGACCAUGACCAAGAGCAUGAUGAUGACUAUGAAAGGGGGCGGUCAUCAAGGACUCACAGCAAGUCGAGGUUGUCCCAAGGGGAUGAUCAUCGCUCGAGAUCGAGGGAGGCUGAUUAUGGGAAGAGGCGACGCCUUACUUCGGAGUGAUCGAAUCGUUACAUCUUCGUUUACUUUUGGAAACAAACUUGGGGAAUGGGACUAUCGAAUUUCAAACCAGAUUCUCUAGCAGUGGCUCUGAUGGGAUUUUUAUCCAUUGAACAGCAGCUUUGGAUUCAGUUAUUAAACAUCUUGGCUGUCUUCUUUUGGCUAAGGAGCAUGGAUUUUCUUCUGGAAUCGUCGGUCUCUUGUUCUGACUUAUUGUAGCUAGAGACAGCAGAGAUGUGAACUGAAGCCAUUGUGUGAUUCUUGGAGAGGAAGACCACCAGCACUGCAUUGGAGGAAAAUGUGCGUCGCUCCCCCGACUUUUCAGAACCACAGCUUUUCCAUUUCCAAGUUUUAAGACUUCCUUUUGAAACCAAACUGUUUCCAGAUGAUAUAAUGCUUGUGAUUAGAGAAACGAUGGUGGUACUGAUAUUUGUAGUAGCUUGAAACUGCUAACUCAUGAUGUGAUUGUAUUUGGGACCUCUCUUUUCUUUACAUGUGUAACUCAUCUUCCUGCCUCUGUAGUAGGAUGUAGUGCGGGGAACGGUUGAUAGCUUCUGAGCCUUCCCUUUAUUGCUAUUCCUUGUAUUCUAUAACCGCUUUUGCUGAUGCCGCUGUUGUCUCCGAGAAUUCUAACUAGGUCAUGUGUACAGUGGAAGCCUACCCUGCUCGCUUUGGUCACUCGUGUUAAUAGUUCCUGUAAGUUUUGUAUCUUCUCAGGUUUUGUAUAUAAUGUUAGGGAGUCCGAGGAAAUCUUGUAUAUGUAUCUUGAUUGUUGUUAUCCAAUUAAUCCAAUUUCCAAUUCUUUAAACUUCCUGUUCUUGGGUCGUCGGAAUUUAGCUUUUCGACUUGAGUUACUGUUCUGUUCUUCCCAAAGGCCUUAUGUAAAGCUUCCUAGAUCAAAUCAAUGACAGAACCUCUUUCAA